GCCAUUGGAUGCACGCGCCAUUUUGGACUAUUUAAAUGAAUUGGGUUACAGAAACAUAUCUGCCGAGCAGCUCAAGGAAUUCAUGAAAGUUAAUCUGCACCUAAAGGUAUGCAAUCACAAUCGGAAAUAUACAAAAGCAAACUCAAAGAAAAAAUUAGCAUCAGUCAGCAACAGCAGCAACAACGACAGCAACAGCAACAGCAAUCCCAAAGUCGUGAGCAGCACCGUCAGCAGCAUCAGCAACAGCGCCAACAAUCGCUACAAUCGACUCCAAGUGUAACAACAAAAGCCACAACAGCAGAAGGAACUGAAGCAGCCGUUGCCGGUCUCGGCAAAUCUCCGCCUGUGCCGCAACGUCGCGCUACUGUCAAAGUAAUUAAAUGCAAGAAACCAUUGUGCCAUUUCAAAUUCUAUUUGGACAUUUGCGAUCAUCAGCUUACCAAACGAAUUGAGGAGCAGAUACGCACACUUGGCGGUGCACUCGAAUUUUUUCUAACAUCAAGUGUUACACAUUUCAUUACCGAUAAGGCGAUAUUACCACCGAUUGUUGCCAAUAAUAGCAACAAUAAUAAUAAUAAUAAUAACAACAACAAUAAUAAUAAUUCGCUUAGCAGCCGUCCUGGUACACCCCAAACACCAGGCACACCAAAUACGCCACAAACUCCAUACACAUUCGAUACGCAGGAUGGUAAAAAUAAUGCUUGUGUUGGUAGUAAUACUCCGACUGGAUCAACCAGAAAAAUCAAUACACGCCAAACGCGUGCCAAUGCGAUUUUAAAUCGUGUACGUCGCGCCAGCACCACCAACGCAAUCAAUGUUAAUGUUGUUAGCGGUAACGAGCCGCCAAAUUCACCAGCAGCACCAGCAGUAAGUUUAAAAGACGUCGGCAAACAGUCGCCAGUUAUCUCAACGCAGAGUCCUUAUAUUGUUUGGCAAACGGAAUACGCUUUGCACUUCUUCAAGAAGGUGCAGCACGAGUUGAAGGAUUACUUGGGUGUACAUUCACGCCACGAUCAACAGAAGUUAUUGGGUAAAGGUCGCAACUCAGUCAAUCCCAUAGAUCUUAAAGGAGGUGGAUUCAUAAAAAUCGAAGCGAUCAAACGCAAUUACCGCCCCUAUUACCAACUGUUUCGAAAAUCUUCCGGCACUGAGUGGCCGAAAAUAGAACUAACACGUGAGGACGGCGCCUUUCGACUUUCGCCGAAAAAGAAAAUCGCACCAAGCGCAGAAGUCACAGCAGACACUCAGGAGAGAGUAAAGGAAAAAGCAAAAGGUAGAGGUAACGAAGAACAGAAAAUGACACGGAAAUCUCGUUCACGCUCAUCCCAGCAUCAAAGGCCGGUGCCCGCUGCCGUGCAGACGUUGAGAAAAGGUGGUGUUGGUGGUGGUGGUGCGGGCGCGGCAGAUUCGGCUGCGACAGUGAAAAGCAGUCAACGUAAUUCGCACGCUGGUGCCGCUGCGGGCGCUGUAACAGCCGGCUGUAAGCAAGUAAAAGAGUCCAGCGAGAAGCAAUGCGGCGUCUGUGAGAUCUGUAAAAUCGAAUACGAUACACUUACCAUUCAUCUGAAAACAAAAGAUCACGAAUAUUUUGCCAAGAAUUCGCAAAACUUUAUUGCCUUGGACUCGCUCAUACACACCUCAGCCGACGUGAGCAAAUUUCUCAACGAGGAUAAAAAGAUUGAUUUAGAAGAGAUGGAAGUUGAAAAUAUCGAGGUAGUUGCGGAUGAAAAUGAGCCCGAUCCACUUGAAGGUUCAGAGCCAUUGAUGUGUGUGCCGGAAGUGUUGGAGCUUAUGGAAGAUAAACGCCGAAUGUCACGUGGCGUGAUACAGACACCUUCACCUACUCUACGCGAGAAAUCGAAACGCAGCACGAAGGGCAAGCAUUCGUCGGAAAAGUUCCAAAACCUACGUCUUUCUAAGUCGCCUAAGGCCACAGCAACAGCAGUGAAGUCACAAACAAGUCCACUAAAACAGCAAUUGGCACUCACCACUACCACAACAUCCAGCAUGUUGGAGCUGCAACGCAUUGAGACUUGCACAACGGCGACAGCAACAAGUGCAACAAAGCCCACUCCGAUCACCACUGCGCCGGCAGUGGCGGCGGCUUCUGCGACAGCGCCAACACGCCGAAAACCGACGUCGGCGGCUGCGGUCUCACCGCCUAUACGCGCUAUGCUGCCGCCUUCCUCGUUGUAUAAAGUUGUGGGCACACCGGACACGGUGUGUACACCCGUACGUAAGCCACGCGGUGACCUACCCUCUGGUGGUGACCAAGCUGUGACUGCAUCGCCUUCGCUCAUUGUAAAAUUCAAGAAAGUACGUGCAACCGAACUGCAUCGAUUGAAUGGCGAAGCCGAGAGUUUUAUGUUCCCUAAGCAGCGCACAUCUAGUGAACUGCCCACCGAUGUCGACCGCCAAACCACAUCCGACAAUGCGCGCGCUAGUUUCUCAUCAAUAAGCCUAGAUAGCACCAGCGAUGGUCCUAUGGAUGUAGAGUUAUCUGCAACCACAGCAAAUGAUGAUGGCAAAUCGGCAGAGGGAAAACAUGCGGCAAAGCGCGCAACUGUCACUGCAAAGCGACGAAAAAGCCAGACGACCGCUGCCUCUAAGCAGCGCUUUCGAAACGCCCCCAUCCAGCCAGAGAUACAACUAAAGGCCAAGCAAGUAUCACGCAAUUAUGCGUCUACGAAGCCGACAAUAGGUAACGUCACCGACACAACGAGGUAUGCUAUGUCAGCAGCAGCCGCCAAGGCAAACGCCGCUGCAGCUGCACUAGCCGCUAUUACAUUACCCGAGGCAACACGCAAAAGCAGCCGCACCGCCACCGCUAUUGUGACGGCAGCAACCACAAGCAGUCGAUUGCUACGAGCAGCCGUGGAAGCAGCAAAGCAUAACUGUCGACAAAUGGCAGCGGCCAAUGAGUUAUUGGGAAAUACAAGCAAAAAGUCGUAUGCCAACGAAGUGACGGCAAAGCUCUUGCCGACGGCAGCAAUAGCAGCACCGAGGCAGCAGGGCCGUAAACGUGUGGCAGUUGUAAAAAUGGAGGAUCGGAUGGGGGAUGCUGGAAAUGAUAAAAAAUGUAGAGAUGUGAAAAAUUUUGAGAGCGGAAGUAAGGAUAAGAAAGGUGGAGAAGACGAUGAUGGAAGUACUUGCGUCAAUAAAGAGAAGACGGCGGUUGAUGGCGACGCAGGUUUAGGGAAGAAUUUCUGUGUGAAUUUGGAUGACGAUGAUGAAGACGACGACGACGAUGAUGAUGAAGAGGUUGAUAAUGAUGACGAGAAGGAUGAAGACUAUGUACAUUGCAAGAGCAGCCGGCGCAAAUCCGUUUCGUUUGAAAGCUUUUCAGCCAUUUGGCAGAGUGGUCGCAGGGGUGCCGUCUCGCGAAAACAACGGGCUGCACAACGUGAAGAACAAAAAGCCAAGCUGGCUAUGUUAGCUAGUAAGGAGUGUAGCGAUAACUCGGCAAUUAAGAGCACGGAAGAUACAGGCAAAGGAGGUAAGCGAAAAAAGUGCAACGAGGUGCAAACAAAUGCGAAACAGCUGAUUAUUACUGCCCCUGCCAACAACAGUAAAAGUAGCAAACUUUCAGUAGCAGCCUGUGUUACUCCAACUACAUCACCCCCGAGGCAAAGGUCCACAACCCUAGCAAGCUUUGAUUACGCUAGCAGCGAAAAAAUAAAGCGCAUGAGAUACUCCUUUGAACGCAUACCUGUGUCCGAUAUUUGGUAUAACGUUUUCACGCGGCAAGAUAGCUGUUCGGAACGUUUUUUCGAAUAUUAUGGUUCAACGAACUAUCGCAAGUUGCCAUAUGAACUGGGGCCAAUACCAUUUGUGAGCACCAUAGACACCGGUGUGUGCUGUAAGCUAUGCGAAAAGCAAAGGAGCGCCGAUAUUUCAUCAAAGAAUGUAACAAAGGGCUUUUCAAAAGCACAAAAUGCAUGCAAAGUAAAAACAGAACCAUUUGAGGAGUCACAGGCGGGGGCUACCAAAUCGAGGGACUCCAGCAGCGGAAAUUCGAACAAUAUCGCAAAUGCUGUGGGCACAAGUGCUAACCAAAGUGCCGGCGAUGUGCAGUCGGAGGAAGCUACAACGCAUUCCAGCGCCGCCUCUGCCGCAAUGCAGUACAAGCAUAAACACAAAAAGCUGCAGAUUUUGCAACGUUACCGCCAGGAGCAGCAGGAAUUGCAGAAGCGACAAGCCGCCCAAGCCAGCGCCCAGCUGGGCGAUAGCUCCAACCAAUUGCAAUGUGAUAGUAAAGCCAGUACACCAGCUCAAGAGCCAACACGCGAUCGACAGCGCGCCGGCUCGACACAUAGCACAACGAGCAGUACGAGUUGUGCCAGCAGCACGGCCACAACUAAAACUAGCAAGAACAGAUACCUCAACAAGCAUCUGAACAAAGCCGCUGCCGCUUUCCUGAAUUUAGAGCUUCCGCCGCGAAAAUCACCACGCGAACAUGCUUCAACGCUUGCCUUGGUUAGCUGUAUUAUAAAGCAGCGGCAAGAUUCGCAAAGUAAACCAAAUUCAGAAACCGACGAGCCGUCCACAACUCCCACGCAUACGCCAUUGUCUGUUGCUGAAACAGCGGGGACCACGACAAUCGCCAUAAAUUCAACAACAGCUACGACAGAAAAGCAAGCCACUCCGACAGCAGCAACGACGGCAGCAGAUCCAGGAGAAAGUCUAAAAGCGUCAACGACGAGUGCUGAUUUGCCAGCAGUUUUGCGACAUACGCGUUCAGCAGCUGCCACACCCGUCGAAGAAUUACGUUUUACAACGGAAAUCUCUGAGAAUGUUAAGCGCAUGCGUCGCGGCCAAAACAAAUAUGACCACUCGCCGCCAGUAGCGCCAAAAUCACGAAAGAGCAUGCGGGGCGGCCGCCAGCCAGUCAAAUCGCCACUGGGCAGACCGCCGCGUAGCUAUUAUGGCUUGCAAAAGUUCCUGCACACAACUGGCCGCACCACCAACAGAAGGAGCCAAACACCCAGUGUGUUGGCGGCCGCGACAGCGCCAGCAAAGCGUCAUAGGCGCGUAAAACAUGUCGCUGGCUUUGCGUCAACGGUGCCUGGUGCUCGCCGGCAUCACUCUUACAGUGGACUGAUGGCGCAAGGCUCAGCUUUACCAUCCAUACGAAAGACUGGUUCGAAGAAGGGCGUGCUGGAGUUCGAAGUGGAUACGACGGCGAUGAAGGCACUUGAUGCCGCGACGAAACAUACUAAUAUGCGACUGCUGGAGUGGCAGAUUGAUAAGUAUCUUCAACUGCAUGGCAGGGAGUAUGAUUUAGCGGAAGAUUUACCUUUGGCCAUUCGUGAGGGAAGUGAAACUGUGCCACUCGCAGCGACAGCAACCGCGUCAACGACAAAGAACAACAAUAGCCUAACGUCUUCGACUUCAGCUUCUACGAGUAGGGCUUCACAUCGCGUUAGCUCCGUGAUUGCGGACGCCAAACGAAAUGUAAGUGCUUCAACAGCAGCUUUCGACUCGAAUACGCCACCACCCACCGACUGUUUCUCCAGCGACUUUGAUCUAUACGACUUGUUUACGAAUACGACGGGCGCCAACGCGUCUGAAGACGAACAAACGGCAGAUGUGAGCAACAAGCGCAAAAGUGGCGCCAGUUUCUCGCUGUAUAGCUCGCUAGCGAUGCAAAAUUAUUUCCGCAAGAGGAAGAAUCUUAAAUCUAACCGCACUGGUUGGCCGAAAGUACAAAAGAAGAAGAGUUCAGCGCGCCAACAACAAAAGCUGGCACAAAAAAUACGGUUUCUGCAGGAUAUUGGCGAAUUGGCAACCAACGGCAUUAAAGAAGAGCCUGUCGCGGCAAGGGAAUGUAAAGAAGGCGCCGAGGAUCAAGCAGAUAGCUCCGCAGUACGUUGCAAAGAUGCACAACGGCGGCGUGGAAAUGGAGUUAUUACACCACCAGAAAGUGAUGCAGAAGUCAAAUUGUAUGGGAAACGCACAAUGCAGAAUAACGACGAUGAGGAGGGUGGAAGCGGAGAAGCAGACGACGACACAGAAUUGGAUGCAGGCGAGAGUAUACCAGAGGAGGAGGAGGAUGGAGAGGACGAUGACGACGACGACGACGAUGAUGAUGUAGAAGAUGACGGCGAAACGAUGGCUGAUUCAAUCGAGGAAGAGGAAGAAGUGCCACCAGUUGAGGGCGACGCAGAUGCCGCGUUAGAGGCUGAUGAAGAAGACGAACUAGAUGGCGAAAUAGACGGGGAUGCUGUUGUCACAGCAGGCGAAGAUGACGACAAUAUUAUGGAUGAUGACAGCAAUUUCGUGCCCGCGCGCAAGCGGACACGUCUUCGCACCAACGCAAGUCCGCUCGAGGAAAAGCACGUGACGCCGAACUCUUUAACAGCGCACAGCGCCAACUCGAACAACACUGGAGCCACAUCCACACCGUCAACGCAAAUGUUGCGUGGCAGCUUGCGACGUACACCGCAGUUGCUCAAUGGCAGCCUGGGUAGUUGCAUAAGUCCUAGCGAAAAAGCCGGCGAUAAUUCGGAUAUUUUCACAGUAUCAUCAGAUGGACUGGAUACCGAUUUGGAUAUGAGCAAUUCACAGCAUAAAUGCGACGAUGAGCAUCUACACCACAACCACCUCCAUCAUCAUCAUCAGCAUCAUCAUCAUCAGGAUCAAUGCGCAAAUCAUCAAACGCCUAAACGCAAAUUCGACUUAUCCAAAUAUGCGCCAAAUAAUGCCACAUCAAGCACCUGCGCGGCAGAGGCCGCAACAGCCGCUGUCAAAUCUCUAGCGAUAUCACAAUUUCUAAAGAAGGAAGUCCGGGUGACAUGUAGGCGGCUACGUGCGCCGUUCCGCCGCUAUCGGUACCGCAGAUAGAAUGACACAGGUGAUACGUCUACAUCAAUGACCGUUAAGCGGUGCCAGUCAUGUUACACCAUAGGCGAGCAGCGGGUAGUCAGAGAGGAGGAGGAAUUGCUGCGUGUACAAACGCCGCAGCCCUGUGGUUACAUAUUUCACUAAAAAAAAAAUAUAAAAAAAACUUACAUAUAUUAUACGGACUAACUUAAUAAAAAU